AUGCCGGGGCAGAAUUAUCCGUACCGCACGCUGAUAGAGUUCUGCUUCGAAGGGUACCCGACGGCGCCGGACCAGAAGAGCACCGGGUGCCAGUGGAAGCUGCGCCGGGACCAUGAGACGGAGAAGAAGUACCUGUAUGCCGUGAUACGGCAGGUUGAUGCUGUGUCAUCGCUCAGCGACUGGCACGGUCUCUCAGGUCAGCAUCACCUGAAUCUGAUGAUGUUCAAUGCGAAGGAGCCGUCAGAGCUGCAGUGCGCCGUGGUCUGGGUGGAGGACCCGUCCCUGCACGCCGUCUCCUUCGAGGGGCCGUCCGGGCAGGUCGUCCCUGCACCUGCCGCCUUUCGGAGCACCGGGGCCCUCAACGCGCGCUUCCCCGUGCUCCUCCUGGCCGAGACCGCACUCAACAAGCUCGCGCCCCUGGCCGGCAUGCGCGACGCCGCGCCAGGGUGCAUCCUCCGCUUGCACCGCGCGCACUGCAGCGUCGCGCCCGAGCCCGGCGCGGCCCCGCUCAUCCUCGCGGAGAUCGGCACGCUCGCGCAGUACGCCGUGUUCGCCGGGUCCCCAACGGCGGACCUGGGCGACAACGGGCGGCCGCUGUGUCUGAGCUCGAAGGGGCACACGUGGACGGAGCGCGACGAGCGCAUCGUCCGGGACCUGCAGGGCUUGGCGCGGCGGAUGUCGAUGGGCACGGCGCCGCGGAAGGCCGCGCGGAGCCUGUGGGAGGAGUGGAGCCAGGCGUGGCGGGACGCGGCGGGCGUGGACUGA